UCAUACCGUUUUGUUCACUACACAGGAAGUAAAUCCCAGGACGGCAGCAUCUCUGAGCUGGAGGAGCUCCCUGUUCCUCGGAACAUCAAGAUCAGCAACAUCACCUGUGACUCCUUCAAGAUCUGCUGGGACAUGGAACCAGGCAGCAGGGAGCGCAUCACGCACUACUUCAUCGACCUGAACAAGAAAGAAAACAAAAACUCCAACAAGUUCAAGCACAAGGACGUCCCCACCAAGCUCGUGGCCAAGGCCGUGCCACUGCCCAUGACGGUCAGGGGUCACUGGUUCCUGAGCCCCCGCACAGAGUACACUGUGGCCGUGCAGACCGCAUCCAAACAGAGUGACGGGGACUACGCUGUCUCUGAGUGGAGCGAGAUCAUCGAGUUCUGCACUGCUGAUUAUUCCACCGUUCAUCUCAACCAGCUGAUGGAAAAGGCAGAGGUCAUCGCCGGCCGGAUGUUACCUUUCUCCGUCUUCUACAGGAACCAGAAUAAAGAGUACUUUGACCUUGCCAGGGAGAAGCAGGGAAACCAGAUGCUGCCGUCGGUGAAGGACAACAGCGGCAGCCACGGCUCCCCCAUCAGUGGUAAACUGGAGGGCAUCUUCUUCAGCUGCAACACAGAGUUCAACACAGGAAAACCUCCACAGGACUCCCCCUACGGUCGCCUGCGCUUCGAGGUGAAGGCCAACACCCUCUUCAACCCCGACACCAACCUGUACUUUGGAGAUUUCUACUGCAUGUACACGGCCUACCACUACGUCAUCCUGGUGCUGGCACCGAAGGGCUCCAGAGGUGAUGAUUUCUGCAAGCAGCGUCUCCCUGCGCUGGACAUCGGAAGCAACCCUUUCCUCACCUGCAAGGUGGUGGAAGGGUGCGAUGGAGGUCUGAUGUUCUACCACGCCCAGGACGUCAUCCUGGAGGUGAUCUACACUGAUCCUCUGGACCUGGCGGUGGGUACGGUGGCGGAGAUCAGUGGGCACCAGCUGAUGAGUCUGUCCACAGUAAAUGCCAAGAAGGACCCCAGCUGCAAGACCUGCAACAUCAGCGUGGGUCGCUAGGAAUCCACAAGUUGUUGGAGGGCGAGGUGAGGGGAGGACUACAGCGUGACUGAGCUACACAUACACACACACACCGACAGACCAGUACAUGCAUGACGCAGCAGAUUCCGUAGGCUCCAGACCUGCACAUCAGCAUUUCUCUAACACUGCUCUGGACUUGAAGAGACCAACAUUCCCAAAGAGAUUGGAGAAGCAACAGGAAAACAGUCACUUCCUGAAACCUGCACCGUCGUCUCGUCACGUGGAAAACACCGAUAUUUGCCCUAAAUGUUUAAAACACACCUGAAGACGUCCACAUCGAGGACUAUCAAAGAGACCAACCCUAACUCAUCCGUCCGUCCCUCUGUCUACUCAUCGACAGGAAACUCACCAAACCCUUUAACUGUAAGUAAAACAUGGGCUACUUGUAUUUAUAUUUAUCACAUUACAUUUGUAUUAAUUUGUUCUUCUCUAUUUAGUCCAUAACCUUUGCCUUGUUAUUAAUGGUAAUACUGUUAACUGACCGUCCACCAAUGUCUGUGGACAAAUGUCUUUUUCUCUUUGUCUUUAUUUACACGUUUGGUUUCCUAUAUUACCGUAGAAAAAAAUCUGACUUCUUUUACCUCCUACUAGUGGCAUAGACUGGUACUACAUGUUCGUAGGGCUGCAUCAUUUCCAGUACAGUCAUCUUACUUUAAACCAAAGGUAAAACAAACCCGACAUCAACCUGCUGUGGAAACAAAUGCAACAACCUCCAAAACUGUCUGCGAUGACUAACCAAUGAACAACUUGUUAACUUGGUUACUUUUUUUUUAAAGGAGAAAAAGAAUGAUGCAGUUGAUUACGAAGAAUUACGAAGGUGGAGCCACUGCUUCGACCUUCUCUGCAGCAUUUGCUUUUAAGUUUAGCGUAGUCAGUGGAAAGUAGAACCAUAAACUGUGCUUAGCAGAGUAAAUGUGAAAAAAUAUUUACUUUUAUUGAUAUUCAUAUAUAUAUAUAUGAUGUAUGUAAAUAUCUAUAGAAAAUUAUAUUAACCCCAAGUGCACAAUGUCAAGAACUCUGAUCAGUGUCAACAACAGCAUUUAAAAGACAGGCAUCAAUAGAGGCCAAUGCAACAGCAGCGUCACUUGCACUAUAGUGUGGAGGUUCACUAACGUACUGUUUUUUUAGAGUGAACUUUCGAAAUUAAAAGGGUCACGAUUCAGAUUUAACCAAUAAUUCUCUAAUGCGAAUCACAGCACAAUGCAGGAGUGAAAAUGCGCUGACGUGCACAAACCUCACAGAACUGUCUCACUGGUAGCAUUUCAAUUUGAAUUUGCCAAGAGGGCACUUUUUUUUGUUUA